AUGGCUUCGUUGCCGGAUCUCCGACUUCCACCCCAAUCAGACCCAUCACCCUUCCACAAGGGAGCACGCGGCUGCAUCGCAGACCCCGGCGAACCCCCGGAGCCGUCGCCCCUCGUGCGGCUCCUCCGGGCAAUCGAUCGACAUCUGCUGACCCCUGGGGAGGUCAGCAACCACCACAUCACUUGUGAAAUCUCACAUAGAAGAAAGCUUGCCAGCGAGAGACCCAUGGAGGCUGCUCUUGUCACCGUUUCCACGGGGGUGAUGAAGCCCCUCCUGUCCAAGCUCUUCAAGCUGCUGCUGGACGAGCACCGGAAGCUCCAAGGCGUCCGCCGUGACGCCAAGUUCAUAGGAGACGAGCUUCGCAGCAUGAAGGCUGCACUGGAGGUGCUUGCGGAUGAAGAACAACUCGAACCUGCGAUGAGAAUUUGGCGGGAUGAUGUCUGUGAGCUUUCUUAUGACAUGGAAGAUUGCGUUGAUGUCUUUGUGGCUCAUGUCGACCAUGAGCCCGAUGGGCGUACCAUGCUCAAGAAGUUCGUUGACAUGUUGAAGAAGCCCAAACAUCGCCAUCAGGCUGCUAGUGAGAUAGGUAAACUCAAGGCCCGUGUGGCUGAGGCAAGCGAGAGGCACAAGAGGUAUAAUAUUAUCCGGCCAACACCUUGCAUUAGCUCUUGUGCCAUUGACCCCCGGCUGCCGGCGCUUUACGCGGAGGUUGAUGAACUUGUCGGCAUUGAUGGUCCUAAGGACGAUAUCAUCGACUGGUUUCAGUGGGAGGCUACUUCUACGCAGCCUCAAGUGCUGUCUAUUGUUGGUUCUGGCGGUCUUGGUAAGACUACUCUAGCAAAGCAAGUCUAUCAUGCAUUGGAAAGCCAAUUUUCAUGUGCAGCUUUUGUGUCGGUUUCUCGAAAUCCUGAUAUGAGAAAGAUUCUAAGAGAUAUUGCUCAAGGAGUGGGGUUCACAGACAGCCCACCGGAUGAUGAUGUGCAACAAUUGAUCAGUAAACUCAGGCAACAUCUUAAAAACGAAAGGUACUUUGUUGUAAUUGAUGAUGUGUGGAGCGCGGACGUAUGGGAAACUAUCAGGCUUGUAUUAUUGAAUAAUAAUAACCAUGGGAGUAGAAUUAUUACUACAACACGUAAUACUGAAGUUGCAUCAUGUUGUUCUUCAGGUGGUGGUCAUGUUUAUAAAAUGGAACCCCUUACGUUUGAUGACUCCAAAAGGUUGUUUUUUAGAAGAACAUUUGGUCCUGAGGAUUUAUGCCAUCCUCAUCUGGAAAAAGUCUCUAAUGACAUAUUAAGAAAAUGUUCUGGCCUACCAUUGGCUAUUAUUACUGUGUCUAGUUUGUUGGCUGAUCAGCAUGCAGAAGAUGAAUGGAAGAGGGUGUUAGCUGCUAUUGGUUCUGCACUUACAAAGGAUUCUGGUGCUGAUAAGAUGACAAAGAUAUUAUCUUUCAGCUACUUUGAUCUUCCUCACCAUCUGAGAGCCUGUUUGUUGUACUUGAGUAUAUUUCCAGAAGAUUCUACUAUCUGGAAACAACAUUUGAUACAUAUGUGGGUCGCUGAAGGAUUCAUUCAUGAAAAACAAGGGCGAAGUCGAUAUGAAAUAGGUGAGAGUUAUUUUAACGAGCUCAUUAAUAGAAGCUUGAUCCAACCGGUUGGUGCAACAUUGGGCCAGGUAGAGUCAUGCCAAGUCCAUGAUAUAGUUCUGGAUUUUAUCACAUGCAUAGCUGCUGAAGUGAAUUUUGUCACUAAAUUCAGUGAUGUAGAGCAUGGACACAAUUCAUAUGACAGAGUCCGCAGGCUCAUUAUAGGGAAUACCAGUAAUGAAAAGGUUGCCAUAUCAACAAGCCCGAUCCUCUCUCAUGUUCGGUCGCUCAUUAUAUAUGCGCAUGACCCUCAAGUUUCUUUAUUGGCUUUCCCAGUUCUUCGUGUCUUGGACCUAGGAAAGUGCUGGUGGUUAGAAGAGCACCAUGUUGCAAAUAUUGAAAAGCUACUUCUUCUGAAGUAUCUGAGUCUUGCAAAUGUUACGCUCCUCCCCCAAAAAAUUGGAGAACUGCAGUAUUUGAAAACACUGGACAUAACAAAUACCAGAAUUCGCCCUAUAGUGAGUCGUAUUACAAUUCACUGGCCGUCGUUUUACAACGUCGUGACUGGGAAAACCCUGGCCUUGGAAGAGCUAGAGACGUUCGGUGUCCACUCCUAUGAACAAGGGAAGCCACUAGAAGAAUUCAGCCAGCUAACCAAGAUGUGGAGGUUGAAAGUACAGCUGGGGAUGUUUGAAUUGUGGGAAGGACCAGGUCAAAUUGAGGACCUUCACGGUUACUUGGGAACAUUAGUAUCUUCAUGCAACCUUCGUCAUCUAAAUAUAUCCAAGCUAAGCUCGAACUUCUUAGCUGUCAAAACUUACUUUCCACUGUCACUGGACUCAUGGUGUCCGACUACUCCCUGCAGCCUUCAGGAGCUUCACAUAACAUACUGUUUCAUUGACAAGGUUCCAAACUGGAUGAGCUUGCUCCGCAAUCUUAGAGAAUUAGAAAUCUAUGUCGCCAGUGUGAGGCCAGAAGAUGUUAGGAUCCUUGGGUCAAUACCAACUUUGCUUAUCCUCAAACUAAAGACUUUCAAUGGCACCGAUGGAAGAAUUCUCAUUCAUGGGUUCAGCAAUUUGAAAUAUUUCCAUUUGGAACUCCUUUAUUGUGGGACCUCACUGGAGUUUGAAGAGGGAUCAAUGCCAAGGCUUGAGCACCUGGAGCUGGAGUUCCGUGUGCAUCAGAUGGAUUGCCUGAAUGGUUCUCCCAAUUUCGGUAUCCAACACCUCUCUGCCCUCCGCAAAGUUGAGGUCUGUAUUUUGUGCAACUUUGGCAAUAGAGACAAUCCGUUGGCAGGUUUAGAAUGCUGCUUUGGCAAAUUCAUUGGAAUGAUUAUUGAAGCUGACAUCGAGGCGCUUCCCAAUUGUUCCAGUUUCCUUUUACAAUAUGGAAAUGUACCAUUCGGAAACGUGGCCUGCGAACAUUACACAAAAAUUGUGGAGACAGACUGCGAGAAGGAAGAUGAAGCAGGACGAGGCAAAGUUGGAAGUGCAGGAGCACCCCACUGGCAUGUGGGAGAAAAUUACUUUCGAAUGUCAUUUGGUUAAACAAAUAAUGUACGUUCUCGAUCCCUGGUAGCAUCAUGCAGAGCUGCACCAGUGUGCUGCUUCGCUAGAUGGGGGUCAUCGAAGAGGACAAGGAGAAUGCGAUCUCAGGGGCCUUCUUGAGGGUUAUUGGAGAGAGUUUGAUCACCUUCUUUCCGAGCCCCAAGUGGCGAGUUUGGUGGCUCCGCCUGGUUGGUCAGUUCGUUGACAACCAACUGGCAGAGACUGUGUCGCCACCGCGGCCACCAGCGUAGGCAAGCUCAAUAAAUCUUGUGAAGGCCUGGUCAGUUAUAUGCUGCUCUACUUUGGUUGCUGGAUGAUCAAGUAGCUAAUUAAGCCUUAGUAUUUUCCAAUCAAUAUUUGCUUUGUUUGUAAUGAUUAAAGCGUGAUAUACCGUGUUGAAUAUAGACUUUGUGCCUGUAGACUCCUACGGUGUGAAAGUGGUUCUUGCUGCAGCAGUUGCAAAUGCUCUGUGUUGGUGCAGGUUUUUGCUGUAGCCGCCUCAGCUCUGGUAUGCAGGUUUGUGCUGGUUGCAAGACAAUCUGAUUAACUUGCAAGUACUAAUAAGAACCAGGAGGCGGGAGCGGAUGUUACCCUCUCCAGCCCAUUCUCGGUUGCAAAGGUUUGUCGAAUGAGCAAUCUGGAUAACGGAGGUUAUGACGAGGGCUGCACAAUGGAUCCGUAUGUGGCGCUAUCUUCAACUUGCAAAGGAUCAUUCACCUAAGACCUUUAGGUGCAAUCAUUGGGAGAUUGUAGCACCAGAUACACUCAACCCAAUUUGAUGACAGUCUAGUAGUAAGUUAUGUAUUUGUAAUCAUUUAUAUUGUGGGUGUAAGGGCAUAUUUCAUCCUAUAUGGUUUUGGUGAUUGAUGACAAUGUUUUUGUGGACUAA